AAUUUUCGCGGAAAGUUUAACAAGUUAAGAUGUAAUCAUUAAGUUAUUCUCUAUUAUCUGUGUUUCUGUUUAUAUAUUAGUUUGUGUUUUUUUUUAUAAAAUAACUACAAUGAAUCGAGUACUUCCUUUGAAAGAUGGCCUUGAAAAUUGCGAGAAAAUUAAAGUAUCGGAAGAUUCUCCUAAUUUUAAGUACUCAACCAAUAUUAUUCAAUGGGACCAUCCAGAAUACAUUAGAAUAAUACAAGAAUUGGAAAGUUUUAAUGAGAUCAAGUACGCUGCUUAUCGAACUGCCAUGAAAUUACGUCAUAUCCAAAAAAUGCUGAAAUUGCAUUGGAUUAAAAUAAGUCUGAUCAACAAUAUUUAUGAAAAUUUAGGAUAUUCUUUCCAAAAGCAUGUUUUGGAUUAUACACAAUUACAAAAACUUUUAUGCUGCAUUUAUACAAAAAUGGAAGGAGAGUUAUCUGAAACAGAACAAGCAGAAUUUUAUUCAAAAAUUUUAUCCAACUUUUUACAAAAUUUAUUUGGCAUAGAAAAGAAAGACAAUAUCGAAUUGUCAUCAGUGACUAUUUUCCUUUCUAUAUUAUGUUCUGCUCCUUUAAUUGAAAAAUACAAGUUUAUUUUUAGUAAAUUUAUUGGCAGCAAUGGCUUCUUAAGCAAGAAGAAUUUAUAUAUUAUUCUUUAUAAUAUAGCAAAGAUUCCAGAAAUAUUGGGUGAAAAGUUAAAUUUUGGAACACAAUUAGUUUCUGCAUCUGUGGAGAGUUGUUGCAAAUGGAAUUCAAAAUUGAAUUGGAUUUCAGAAUCUGGUUUUUUAAAUUGGAUGAAGCAAGAACCACAAACAUUAGUGUGGAUCUCUACUCAUUUUCGACUGAUUACUGCAGAAAAAAUUGAACAUUUUGUUAAAUGUGAAGUUUGUAAGAUAUAUCCGAUUAUUGGUCUUAGAUAUCAAUGUACUUAUUGCAUUGGCUAUAAUCUGUGCCAGAAUUGUUUCUUUUAUGGUUACACAAGUAAAAGUCAUAAAUUGAAACAUCCUCUUCAAGAAUAUUGCCAACCACUAUCUUCUUGGGAAGUAAUGAAAGCUUUAAUAAAGUCUAUACAGAAUAAAUUAAGUAUAUUUCAACGAUCUACUUGCAAAUGGAAUUAUCUGAUGAUAGAUUCACAUUUGGCAAUUACAAGAAAAAGAGAACUUAUGAAUACCAAAGAUGAAACAUGUAGCAUGAAAGAAUCUAGAUUAUUACAGACAGAUUCAAGAGGAGCUGCAAAUAUUUCUGAAAUCGAAUUAAUAAAUAAUAUAUAUUUAAAAUCAAGAUAUAUAAAGGAACUUGAAAAUAUUGUAAAUUGGUUGGAAAAUGAAAAUAGACAUUUGGUAGUAGAAAUUGAACGACUUCAUUCAGAUGAAGAAACAUCCAAUGCAAGUAAUUCUUCAGAAGAAAAUAAUAGUGUUAGAAAAAGAGGAGAACUUUUAAAUAAAAGGCAAUUACUGGAAGAUCAUAGUCAUAGAUUAGAAGUUCAAAUUAAAAAAUUUCGGAAAUUACUGGAGAAUAUCUGUGAAGAGGGAAAAAACAUGGAAAAUAAACAUAUUUGUGAGACACCUAUGAGAAAUAAUGUUACAAAUUUAGAAAGUACUCCAAUUUCCAAUGGAAAAAUGAUUUGCUCAAAUAAUUUAAGUACUUUUAUAAGAUUUCAUAACGAAUUAAAAAAACUGGAAAGUGUUACUGAGGAAAUGGAAGAAAGUGUCAAAACUAUUCCUGAUUUAAAAAAUUUGCAAAUUAAAAAACCUUCUAUUGAUCUUAACAGUUAUUCUUCUUCCAAAGAAUCAAAUUCAAUAACAAAUCCCAAAGAAAUUUCAUCAUUCAAAGAUGCCAAUGAUGAAUAUACGUUUAAGAAUUUAACAAUAAUCCAAACAUUACCUUCUCAGUCUCCAUCUUUGUGUGUGGAUGGCUCUGUCAAAUUUGAUCAGAGUAUUGAAGUGGAAUUUCAAAAGAUCAUUCAACAAUUAGAAAACAUUCUUAACUACAGUUCUGCCUUAUGGUCAGGUGAUACCACUUCUAAUUUUAGGAAGAAAUUAAUUAAUGCAUUGAAUCAAGUUGAAGAUGUAAUUGAAGAGUUUCCAAUCAUUGAAGAAACUAAGUUGUAGUCUCUAAAUCUUUUUAAUUUAGUUUUAUUCUUUAUAACUUUUAAAAGUUGUUAAUAGUACUUAAAAAUAUCAUUCUAUAGAGCAGGAAUUCUCAAAAUGUAGCUGGAAAACAAAAUUCAAUUGACUAUAAUUUUUACCUAAAAUCAAAAUGACAUACUAAGACAUUCCAUUUUUGACUUUACAGAAAACAAAAUAUUUUAAGCAUUUAAAACUGAUAUUUAAACUUUAAAAAAUGAUGUACUUCUAAAGUGCUGAUAAAAUUUUAAUUUGAAAUGAUUUACAAAUAGAUGAUCUUUGAGAAUCUGUAUUCUAUACAAUGAAUUGUUAUAUAUUUUACAUAUCGAAAAAUUAAAAAAUAUAUAUAUUUACUUAAUUCUGAUGUUUGGGAAUUUUCUCUAGAAUUAGAAUAGCACAUUGAGAAAUAUUCUCAAUUUAU